CAAAUAUGACAUGCAACAAAUUUUGUAAAAUAGAUUCCAUGGAUAAGGUGACAAGAUCUAAAGCAGAAAUUACUAGAACAGCUCAUAGUAAUAGGUUUCACAGCACAUCUGAUCAGGGUUUUGAGAUGGCCAUAUCAUCAAUUAUACAGUACCUAGGUGAUCUGCAAGACACCCCCACAACAAGAGAAAAAGUUAGAUACCGCCUUAAAAAGAGAAUGUACAACCAACAGGGUUAUGAAAAAAUAAAAAAUCUUGCACAAAUGAAUGGGGUGAGUGUAAAGAAAUGCCAAUCUGCAGCUGUGAAGCGUGGUCUACCGUUUAUAAAUGAGCCAGCAACAAAACAAACCAAAAACACAGAAAACUCACCUGUGUCAACUUCAGUUUCUCCUAUCAACACACCUAUUGUGUCUCCUGCUGCCACACCUAUUGUGUCUCCUGCUGCCACACCUAUUGUGUCUCCUGACGUCACACCUAUUGUGUCUCCUACCGUCACACCAAGUAUUUCUCCUGCCGUCACUCCUAUUAUUUCUCCUGCCGUCACACCUAUUGUCUCUCCUGCCAUCACACCAAUUGCUUCUCCGACUCCGUCUAGAUCUUCAUCAGUCACCAUGUCCUCAGGGUCACCAAAGAUAACCGAGAAGGUAUUCAAAACAGCUAAUGGUGUCAUGUUUAAGAUCAAAGAUGUUGUUUGUAUUGCAAAUUCAAAAACACACUGUGACUAUGCUGAAGUAAAAAAAGUCUGGAAGACCAAAGUGGACAUUCAUUAUUUGAAAAAAACUUCAAAGGGACUUACAAGUUGGAUGCUUUCAUCAAAUGUAAAUUACAAAGACAGUGUCCACAUCAAUUCCAUUUUUUAUUCAUUAGGAAAGACAGACUAUAGCCAAGAACACCACCAGGUCAUCAAAGAAAAACUAUCCAAACUUUUUUAGAAUUUAAAUAAUCAUAUUGUAUUGUUGAGAAUGUAUAUAUAUAUAUAUAUGUAAUUUGUUAGUCCCCUCCUAGAAAUGCCAAGGGAACAAAUCUGUCUGUCCAAUUUUUCCUCCUGAAAAGUCAAUUUACCAAUUUUUUUCAUCAUCCUUGACUUUAAUAUUUGGUAUAUAUAUAGGAUUUUUACUGAAAUUUACAUGUCGUGUCUAUAUUGUCUUCCAAUCAUUGAGAAGCUUAAUAUUCCUUUUACAACACAACGUAAUUAAAACGUUUAGCUUACUUUACCGAGUUAUCUCCCUCUAAAGUUAGGAACCACCUUAAUAGCAUUUCGUCUAGUAAUUAGACAUGUUAUUCAAUAUAUAUAGGAAUUUAUUUGUC